AUGGCCGAUAAGACCCUCAAAUCCACCUGCCACUGCGGUGCCAUCACGCUGAUCGUGCCUCGCCUGCCAGCGGAAAUCAACGAAUGUCAAUGUACGAUCUGUCGGCGAUACGCCGCCGCUUGGGCAUACUACAAGGUUGACGAGGUCAAGUUUGACAUCCGCGAAGGCGGGAAACUCUCCCAGUAUGUUUGGGGCGAUAAAGAGAAAUCCUUCAAUUUCUGUGCCCACUGCGGCUGUGUCUGUUAUCACUGGCCUUUUGAACAGAAGAACCCCGACGGCAGUGCAGCCGAGUUCGGCGUCAAUACAAGGAAUAUGGAUCCGAUGCAACUCUUACAUGUCAACCGCCGGAUUGACAACGCGUGGGUAUUCGCGCCCCUCAACAAUAAAACCAUGGCACAUGGGGAGGACCAGGCCCAGUACUGA